UGCUUCACCUGAGCUCUUCCCAAAUUCCAGAUAUAGCCAGGGCCAUCUGCUUUCGGGGGCCUCUGUCUCAAGUUGACUGUUGUUUUUCUUGAACACAGUAAAACUCACCGGUGUACUCCGAUUCCCAGCCUUGGAAAUGUCGGAACACAAGACGAGGGCAAUCAUCAAGCAUAAAUUCGUCACUGACCUGGAUAAAAUCAAAGUAUCAGAGGUCGACCGGCCGAUCCCCAAUUCAGACGAGUACCUGAUCCAAGUGAAGGCUGCGGGGGUGAACUUUGUAGAUAUUCUCUAUGUCAAAGGAAAACACCAGAACAACCGAGCCCUAGUGCGGCCGCCCUUCGUCCUAGGCCUGGAGUUCGCUGGCGUCAUCCUUUCUGCUCCGCCGCAUGCGCACUUCCUUGCCGGCGAAAGAGUCUUCGGAGCUUUCCCGGGGUCGUAUAGCGAAACACUUCCCGAAGCCGCCGGAAUAGCUGCCACGCUCCCUGUCUCUUACGCAUCGCUGCUCCGGGCAGGGCUCAAGCCUGGCCAGACUGUUCUUGUGCACGCAGCCGCAGGUGGGCUCGGCCUAAUGGCUGUCCAGGUUGCGACGGCCAUGGGGUGCCGAGCCAUCGGAACGGCAGGCUCCUGGGAAAAGUGCGCCGUAGCCGCAGAGUUCGGGGCCCAGCCCUGUUUGAACUACACCCAGGAACCGGCUUGGUGGGAGCGUGUACUGGAACUGACUGAACAUAAAGGGGUCGACGUCGUCUUCGAUCCCGUUGGCCUCGUCGAUCGAAGCCUGAAGUGCAUUGCUCACAGAGGCAAGGUUCUAGUCAUAGGCUUUGCCGGUAUAGACGACAAGAUGGAGCAUAUCGCCAUGAAUAGAGUACUAUUGAAACAGGCCUCACUCAUUGGUUAUCGGUACGGUGAGAGCCUGCGACGAUACCCGGGCGAGCAAAAGAUGAUUUGGGAUGAGUUGCACUCUCUGAUAGAGAGCAACAAGAUACAGCCUGCUAUUUUUAGAACCAGCUAUCACGGGCCCGACCAAGUCCCCCGUGCCCUCAAAGACAUGGCAAACCGAAAGAUAUGGGGCAAAGCAGUCGUCACCCUGGACAGCAGCAUGGAAGGCACAUCUCGGGCAAGAAUCUAGGACAACCACGCCCGAGC